UUGAUAAUCUCCAAUGGGUUUCUCUUGUUUUGAAACUUUUGUCGUGUUUAUCUGGGUCGAUCAUUUUCUUCUGAUAGGAUUUAUCCUUUUUCCAAAAGUCGGUGUCUUUUCAUAUAAUACAUGUGUUUUGCCUUAAUUGCAUGUCGUCCGAUUGUGCAAUAAGCAUAAUAAUCGUCUUUGUUUUUGUGUGACCUUUCCUAUUGGACGAUGUGGUAUCAUUCCUAGCAACGAAAGGAAGAAUUUUUGGUUAAAUUGAAGGGAAACACUAAAAAAGUGGAAACUUGGACGGCAAAAAGUUUUCUCGUAUUUCCCCUUUUGAUCUAUAAAUUUUGCACCGAUUGUUGGUUUAUGGCAAUACAGCUACAAUCGAACACCAAAAAAUACUUUAUCAUCUGUGCAUGUAUAUUGAAGUAAACAGAUUGUGAUGGCAAAUUUUUGAUUAUACUACCAACUGUGAGAGCUCCGAUUGCAUUAUUAGAGAUUGGCUUCUAGGUUAUAAAAUCUAUCCAUAAGCAAGCCAGAAAAACCUCUUAAGGCAUUCGUAUUUUUAAAUUGAAGAGGGAGGGUACUGGUUUGCGGGGGAUGUGGGACUUCUGCAAGCAGAGCGUCCUUUCUCGUUCUUCAUUUAUCAAAGUAGAAGAAUUACUGCUAUAAGAUCAUUUUGAGCUCGACAUAUAUGCAUAUGACAAUUGGUAUCUGUUGAUGAGAUUGGGGGGUUGCUGUGGAGGGUUUUAAGUAAAAGAAAGAGAUUGCAGCUGGCAUAAUGGGUGCUGUCUGUUGCUGUUUGAGUUCCGACAGUUUUGAAGAAUAUGUGAAUUCAAAUAGGCCUGUAUAUAGGAAUUGUAUGUGUCUCAGUUGCUUUGUUCAGAACCUUUUAAAUGCGUACACAUCACUGUUUAGAAGAGGGGAAGUGCAUUCCAUUACUUCAUCUAUUCAGGGGGCAGCGUCUCUGACUUCUGCAGCUUCUCUUGACAACUCUCUAUCUGACAUGUAUCGCUCUCCUCCAAGGCCCCUACCUUACGAUGCCGACCCCAGAUAUUUCUGCUUGCAGCGGGAUGGACUGCUUUCAAGACGUGAGAAGAGCUCAAGUCAUUCACAUGAGGAGACUGAACCUCUAAGAAGUGAUGUUGAUGCAGAUCAUGCAGAAUCUUUCAAUUCAGGAGACAAAUGGAAUGGAUCUGCUUGUGAAGAUGGAUCCAAAGAAUAUCUUUCUAGGUCCUCACUCAAACUCUCACAGGCAAAUACUAAUAUUGGAGUGGGGAGCUUUUUUACAACAGCAGAAGAUGAGGACGUUUGUCCUACAUGUCUCGAAGAAUAUACUCGAGAGAACCCUAAGAUAAUGACCAAGUGCUGUCAUCAUUUUCACCUGGGUUGCAUUUAUGAAUGGAUGGAGAGAAGUGAAAGCUGUCCAGUUUGUGGCAAGGUGAUGGUAUUCCAUGAAACAACGUGAUCUUGAUUGAAAGGUCUGCGUUGUGGAGGAAGCAAGCAGCACAACGAGAGGAAACCAAAAAGUGUACUCAUUGUGAAUACUGCACACUGAAGUGUUUGUUGUCCAUAGUAUAAAUAUAACAAAUUGUUUUCAUAUCCUUUGUUGUGAGCACAUUCUGUUUCCGGAAAAACAUUUCCAAGUAUAGUGGAAAUACGGCCUUAUUUUCGUAAAAUAGCCUUGUACAGUCUUGUGAAUGAACCGUGGAGAAGCGAAGUUGUUGGACCAAAGUUUUUAAUA